AUGGGCCGAAUAUUCGAGAAAGAUCUACAGAACCUUGAGAAAAAGCAAGAAAUGUUCUUUGAGCCGGUGAUUGAGAUACAAGAAGGGGCAAUGGAAGUAAAGAGAGAGCCAGAUGCUGAUGAUUAUAUGGAGACUGAAGACAAGGAAGGAAAGGACACUCGGUCAAAACAUAUAAAACCCCUACUUAUCAAGAAAUCUGAAAGUAAAAAAAAAAGCGACCAGCGACCCGUCAUCACUGAGAAAGCAGCUUACAUCGACAACGCACUGCUUAUAUUGGAGAACUCCAAUGUUACUGCUUUCAAGGGAAGAAGCAGAGAAGGACUGCCUUGUUACUACUGCAAAAACAUUUUCGACAACAUAGAAGAAUUAAGGACACACCAAAAAGAACACAAAAUAGCUGACAUAAAGAAAUCUUUACAUUCCCUUAGCACUUACUGUCUCGUUAUAAAUGUGGACAUAACAUACUUAAAGUGUACCUUAUGUGAUACUGGCUUAAAUACUUUAAAAGAUCUUCAACUCCAUCUAGAAUCGAAACAUAACAAAAAGUUUUACCCUAAGUUAGACGACAGAUUAAUACCAUUUAAAAUACCUAUGGAUAAUAAUUAUAUUUGCCAAAUAUGUGAAACAAAGUAUGAGACAUUUGGAUCAAUAGAAAGACAUAUGAAUGAACAUUUCAGAAAUUAUAACUGUGAUAAAUGCGACACGGGAUUUGUAACUGGUCACAGAUUAAACACACAUAUUAAAACAGCUCAUGUGGAAGGCAAUUUUGAAUGUGAGACGUGUAAAAAAGUGUUCCCAUCGCAAUUAAAGUUGAAGAACCAUGUAGAUACGGUGCAUAAAAUGGUGAAGCGAUUUAAGUGUUCAAAAUGUUCGGAGCGAUUCACGGAUUAUUUUAGACGAUACCAACACUUAGUUGCAAUACAUGGUCAGCCGCAGGUAGAAUAUAAAUGUAAUGUUUGCGAUAAAGUUUAUAUAAGAAGGUAUAUGUUGUCGCAGCAUAUGAAGCGAGAUCACAUGGAAGAGCGUUCAUUUGAGUGCGAAAUAUGUUUUGCGAAGUUUUUUGCUCGGAAAGAGUUGAACACGCAUAUGGUAAAGCAUAAUGGGGCAAGGAUAUUUGAGUGUAGUGUGUGUAAGAAGGCAUAUGCGAGGAAGAAGACGUUGCGAGAGCAUAUGCGGAUACAUGAUAACGACAGGAGGUUUGCUUGCGCGGUGUGCGGACAGGCUUUUGUGCAGAACUGCAGCUUGAAGGGACAUAUGAAGACGCGUCAUCCUGAGGUGAAUUGUGUCGCUUAACUUCAAAACUGGGUAAAUCCAUUCUGCUACAAGGUUGAUUAUCUUUCAGAUCAUCAUCAUCAUCAUCCUUGCGUUAUCCCGGCAUUUUCGGCGGCU